AUGUGGAUGGCCAAUAAGACUCUGAGUGGUGAGUUUUACCUGAUGGGACUCUUCAGCCAGUCCUCACAUCCUGGCCUCCUCUGCUUUCUCAUCUUCAGUAUGUUUUUGAUGGCUGUGUCAGGGAAUAUUAUAUUGGUCCUUCUGAUCCAUAUCAACUCCUCUCUGCAUACUCCUAUGUACUUUUUUAUCAACCAGCUCUCACUCAUGGAUCUGAUAUAUAUUACUGUGACUGUGCCCAAAAUGCUGGUGAACCAACUGACCAACAUGAAGACCAUAUCAGUACUUGGAUGUGGAACUCAGAUGUACUUUUAUCUGAUGAUAGGAGGUGCAGAGUACUGUCUUCUAGCUGCCAUGUCAUAUGACCGCUAUGUAGCCAUCUGUCAUCCUCUCCGUUACUCUGUCCUCAUGAACCAUAAGGUGUGUCUCCUUCUGGCAUCUGGCUGCUGGUUUGUGGGCUCAUUUGAUGGCUUCAUGCUCACUUCCAUCACCAUGACCUUCCCUUUCUGCAGAUCCCGGGAGAUACGUCACUUCUUCUGUGAGGUUCCUGCUCUAUUGAAGCUCUCCUGUUCAGACACCUCACUCUAUGAGAUUUUCAUGUACCUGUGCUGUGUCCUCAUGCUCUUGAUCCCUGUGACAAUAAUUUUAGGCUCUUAUUACUGUAUCAUCCUUACAAUUCACAGGAUGAAUUCAGUUGAGGGCCAGAAGAAGGCCUUUGCCACCUGUUCUUCCCACAUUACAGUGGUCAGUCUCUUUUAUGGAGCUGGUAUCUAUAGCUACAUGCUUCCUAUCUCCUACCACACCCCUGGGAAGGACAUGAUAGUGUCCUUUGUCUACACCAUCCUUACACCUGUCUUGAACCCUGUCAUUUACAGCCUCAGGAAUAAGGAUGUCACUAGGGCUCUGAAUAAAAUGUUGAGAGCAGAGAAAGCUCCAUGUUGA